AUGGCGGCCCUUCCGCGCAACAACCUGCGCGAGCAGCUGCAGCGUUACUCGGCCAGGGGCGCCCUCGGCUCGCGCGCAGAGCCCAGGCCGAGGCCCGCAAAGAUGAAUUGCCUUGAUGUCUGCACAUCAGGAUAUAUGGGUGGAACAAAACCUACGGCCUUAAAGGACAAGAAUACCAAUUCUUCUUUGGAAAAACAAAAUGGUAUUAAAAAUAAGCAAACCAAAAUUAAUGAGCUGUUUGAAACAACACUGAAAGUUGAAGAAGGAAAACAAGAGGAUUCAAAUGAUCAACAUGUCAAAAAUUUAGAUUGUUUUAUCUCUUCUGUGAAAGAAAGUGAUGCGGACUGCAAAGUAGGGGGAUCUGAGAUCCCUACCCCGGAACAUAAUUGUUCAAACAACUCAUUUAUUGACCUUACUGAUAGUUGGGAAGACAUGGAGGACUUUGAAACACCUGGACCACAGAAAAGAUGUCCACAACAGUCUGUAUCAUUUCAAGAUAAGUGGAAAACACAAAUGCUUCAUAAGGAACAAGAGGGAGGCAGCCUGCCUGUUCCUUGUCUUGUCCCUUCAAAUUCCAGUCAAAGAGAUUUUUCAAAUGGAGAACGUGAAGAGAAGUCUUUGGAAAGUCUCCAGACAGGAAAAAAAGAAAAAUCUUGGAUUGGGCAAAAUGAUUCUGGCCUCCCUUUAAGUGGGAAUGAAGAGUCUGAGGAUGGAAGGGAUGACCCUCAAGUAUUCAGUGAGUCUGAAGACUACGUGGACUUCAUACCCCCGUCCCCAGAGGAGGAGAUGCUGCCUGCUUCGUUUGUGCUGAAGAGCACUAGGACAGCUGACGAGACAACACUGAGUCCUGAACUCUCGAUGAGUCAACUUCCAGAGUUUGGAGAAAGCAGCAAAAGAAGCGAAGGAAGGAAAGAAGGCCAGUCCCUCCUAUGUGUAAUGGAAGAUAUCUGUCGACUGGUGGAUUCCAUUCCAGAAAGAGAGCUGAAGUCUCUGCUAGGCGGUCCAGAGCUGCUUCGGCUUAGAGAUUGCAGAAGAAAACUGUUGAGCAACCCCAGAAAUGGAAACAGAAUUGGUGCUGAUACACCUCUAGAUAUAAACUGCAAAUGUAAUUUCGACCAUGUUCUUCCACUAAUUAAGAACACACCUUCCAGAAAUGCCACCCUGGAACCAUUCAGAGGUUUAGCAUUUCCGCAUUCUAAUGAGAUGCUGAAGAUAUUUCAUAAAAAGUUUGGCCUCCAUCAUUUUCGGACCAAUCAGCUUGAAGCCAUUAAUGCUGCUUUGCUGGGUCAAGACUGCUUCAUCCUGAUGCCCACAGGAGGUGGCAAGAGUCUGUGCUAUCAGCUGCCGGCCUGUGUUUCAGUGGGAGUCACCAUCGUCAUCUCUCCCUUGAGGUCCCUGAUAGUGGAUCAAGUUCAGAAGUUGACCUCCAUGGAUAUCCCAGCCACGUACCUCACAGGUGACAAGACUGGCGCCGAAGCAUCCCGAAUUUACAUGCAGCUCUCCAAGAAAGACCCCAUUAUAAAACUCCUCUACGUUACUCCAGAGAAGGUCUGCUCCAGUGGUCAGCUGAUGUCAGCGCUGGAGAAUCUCUACCAGCGACAGCUCUUGGCUCGCUUUGUGAUUGACGAGGCCCACUGCGUCAGUCAGUGGGGUCAUGAUUUUCGUCAAGACUACAAGCGGCUGAACAUGCUCCGAAAGAAGUUCUCCUUGGUUCCCAUGAUGGCCCUUACUGCCACCGCCAACCCCAGAGUGCAGAAGGACAUCCUGAACCAGCUGGAGAUGCACCAGCCCCAGGUGUUUACUAUGAGCUUUAACAGGCACAACUUGAAAUACGACGUACUACCCAAGAAACCCAAAACUGUUGCUCUAGAUUGCUUACAGUGGAUCAGGAAAUACCACCCUGGUGACUCAGGAAUCAUUUAUUGUCUCUCGCGGUAUGAAUGUGACUCCGUGGCCAACGCUCUGCAAGGGGGCGGCCUCUCUGCCCUGGCCUACCACGCUGGUCUCCCUGACGGCACCAGAGAUCUCGUGCAGCAGAAAUGGAUUAACCAGGAUGGAUGCCAGGUUAUCUGUGCCACCAUUGCAUUUGGAAUGGGGAUUGACAAGCCCGAUGUGCGCUUUGUGAUCCACGCCUCCCUCCCUAAAUCUAUUGAAGGCUAUUAUCAGGAAUCUGGCAGAAGCGGGCGGGAUGGCGAAGUCUCCCACUGCCUGCUUUUCUACAGCUAUAGCGACGUGACCAGACUGAGACGGCUCAUCCUGAUGGAAAGGGAAGGUAACAGCCACACCCGGCAGACGCACUUCAACAACCUCUACAGCAUGGUCCAUUACUGCGAGAACAUCAUGGAAUGCCGGAGGAUACAGUUGCUGGCCUACUUUGGAGAAACAGGGUUUAAUCCCAGAUUUUGUAAGGAGCACCCUGAAGUAAGCUGUGACAACUGCUCCAAGCAACAGGCGUACAAGUUGAAGAAUGUGACUGAAGAAGUAAAAAACAUUGUGAUGUUUGUUAAGGAACAUUGUGGUGAAAAAGGAACUAGAAAUAUCAAGAGAACUGCAGGAAGAUACACCCUCAAUAUGAUGAUUGACAUUUUCUUGGGUUCAAAAAGUGCAAAGAUUCAGCGUGGCCUCUUUGGCAAGGGAGCAGCCUACUCACGCCAUAAUGCCGAGCGGCUUUUUAGGAAGCUGGUGCUGGACAAGAUUCUGGACGAAGACCUGUACAUUAGUGCUAACGAUCAAGCGAUAGCGUACAUCCAGCUGGGGGAAAAAGCUGGUGCUCUGCUGAAUGGCUUCUUGCAGGUGGAGUUCUGUGAAACAGAAAGUGCCAGCAAUAUUCGGAAGCAGAGGGCUUUGGAGACCAAGAUGUCCCUACGGGAAGAGAUGAUUAAGAAAUGUCUCUCUGAACUCACAGAUGUCUGUAAAAACCUUGGGAAAGUGUUUAAUGUCCACUAUUUUAAUAUUUUUAACACUGCCACGUUAAAAAGAAUAGCAGAGACUUUGUCUUCAGAUCCAGCAGUUUUGCUUCGGAUUGAUGGUGUGACAGAAGACAAAUUAGAGAAAUAUGGAGCAGAAAUAAUAGAAGUGAUGCAGAAGUAUUGUUCAAAGAUACUACCAGCGGAAAACAAGCCUCUUGCAGCCACAGAGACUGACUUUAGCAGAUGUGAUAGUGAAGAUGAGGAAGAAGCAACGAAUACGACGUCCCACUAUUUCCAAACCAAAAAUGGCAAGGGAAGGAAGAGGAAGAAGUCUAAUUUUUUUAGGGAAUCGAAGAAGAAAAAAGGAUCUGGGGGACAGCAGGCUUAUUCUAAGAGGAGUUACAAAGCCUGCAAAAGCACUUCGGCUGGUUCUAAAAAUUCUACUUCCUGUAUUAUUCCUGGCCAGCCGGGAGCCGGCAAGAGGCCUGGAAUCAUGACACUGCCAAGGCCCCAAAGCAGACAAUACCUUAAACCUUCUUACGUGCUUUUGUGAUGCCCUUAAAAGUUAUUUUCAUUUUUGUAAAUG